UAAAGAAUUGGAAAAAAGUAGCUUUGUUUUUCAAAAACUGUAAAUGUUACUAUCAAAAUAAUUUCUAGUAACAAAAAUAUGCGCUAGUGCCAAAAAUUAAGGCUUUCUGCAAUUGCCACCAAAAGCUCUACAUAUUAAUGGAGUAAUCCGAAGAAUGUGGAAGGUACUGUAAUAUUGGUAGUGACUUGUUUCGUAUAAGCAUGAAUUCAUAUGCGGUGUAUUCACAUUUUGAGAGCACCAAUAUGACCGUCAUAUGCCCAGACUUUUGUUUAUAAUCAAUUAACUUUAGAAUACACAAACAACGAGGAACCACUGGCACUAAGAAGGAUUGGUUGUCAGACGGCGCAGUCGACGCUAAUACAUAUUAAUCGAGCAAGGAAGAUACCUAUCAGAAGUUGACUUGCAUUAAGUUUAUAAGAGAAAGUCAAAUUUCAUUACUGGACUGGUAACUAUAAUGGUGGAUAAAGACGAAGAAAAGAAUAUUGUAUCAAACAAUAUAGUCCAGAACCAGGAUCAAAAUAGUAUAACGCAAAAAUCCCAAAAUUCCUCGCCACCAUCAUAUACGCCAAAUGCAUCUAUAAAUACGGGAGCAAGCUGCAGUCAGAGCGCGGUGAAUCCAUCUCACUCGAGUCCUACCGCAUCGAGUCAUCAAACUAAAGGUCAUGAUAAUACGGCAACGGCAGCAUUCCCACAGUUUCUUACCAGCGGUAGCAAUGCCCAUGCUCAAGUAGCUACCGAGUUGCCACAAGAAGACGAGGAAAGGCUGGAGAAGCUGUUCAAGCGUCUUGAUCGGGAUGGAAAUGGUCGAAUAGAUAUUCAUGAUCUUUCUGAAGCGUUACGAGAGUUUGGUCUUUCGAGUGUCUACGCUGAGAAAUUUCUGGAGCAAUCUGAUAUUAAUCAAAGUGGCGAUGUUGGGCUUGCCGAGUUUGUUUUCUAUGUACGAGAACAUGAAAAGAAUUUGCGACUACAGUUUUCGCACUUGGAUAAAAACAAAGAUGGUAAAGUAGACUUGGAGGAACUAAUCGACGCCUUCAAAGAUUUGGGCAUAGAAGUUGACCCAGAAGAGGCAACAAAUCUACUGUCACGAAUGGAUCAAGAUGGCAGUUUAAAUAUUAGCUUUAAUGAAUGGCGCGAUUCUAUAAUGGCACCAUCCACGGACAUUCACGUGAUAAAAUUCUGGCGGCAUUCUACUUACCUUGACAUUGGCGAAGAUUUAAAUGUACCUGAUGAUUUCACGCAAAGUGAAAUGCAGACCGGCAUGUGGUGGCGUCACCUGGCUGCAGGCGGUGUCGCGGGUGCAGUGUCGCGUACAUGCACAGCUCCAUUAGAUAGGAUAAAAGUGUUCUUGCAGGUUCAAACACAUAAAACCGGAAUCUCUGAUAGUUUAAGAUAUAUGCUGAACGAGGGCGGCAUCCGUAGUAUGUGGCGCGGCAAUGGCAUUAACGUUUUGAAAAUAGCGCCCGAGUCGGCAAUCAAAUUUGCGGCAUAUGAAAAGAUUAAGCGGCUCAUAAGGGGCGAUGAGAAGCGACAGAUGACGAUUGGCGAACGCUUCAUGGCGGGUGCAGCGGCGGGUGGUAUUUCACAAACUAUCAUCUAUCCAAUGGAAGUAUUAAAAACCCGGCUGGCAUUGCGCAAGACCGGUCAGUAUACCGGCAUUUUGGAUGCUGCGAAGAAGAUCUAUUUACUGGAGGGUGUACGAAGCUUUUAUCGUGGUUACAUUCCGAAUAUGUUGGGCAUUAUUCCUUACGCCGGCAUUGAUCUGGCAGUGUAUGAAACCUUGAAGAAAAAGUAUUUGAGCAGUCAUAAUACGGAGCAGCCAAGCUUUCUCGUUCUUUUGGCUUGCGGCAGUGCAUCUAGCACCUUGGGACAGGUGUGCUCCUAUCCAUUGGCUUUGGUACGGACACGACUUCAAGCGCAAGUUGUGACCAAAAAUAAGCAACCAUCAGUGGGCAUACCACUAAGACAAGCGGUUGCAAUCAACGACGACAACAUGUUUGGUGUCUUUCGCAAAAUCAUACAUAAUGAGGGCAUAUUUGGUUUGUAUCGAGGCAUUACACCAAACUUUAUCAAAGUGCUUCCGGCAGUUUCCAUUAGCUAUGUGGUGUAUGAGUACUCAAGCCGUGCAUUGGGUGUGAAUAUGACGUGAUCGCUCUACCUUAGGAUCAAUAUGUUAACAUUUUAGUGGUCUUAUUAAAUGCCGUCGGCUCAGAAGCCCAUGUGAAUUGCUCUAGCACUUUAUUGUACUGUUGUACUUUUACUCCCAGUAACUCUGCCUAUAUUUAAAUGCUACAAUUGUGUGUAAUUCAUUUUCUUCGAUUUAGUAAUAUUGUAGUGAUAAUUUAGCAAAGAUGCUCCGCGUGAUACUAAUUGCUAAUUACAUAAUAAACAAAUUGAAAAAUGAAUAGCUGAUGGAAAAUAUAAACAAAAAGAAGGAUGAGAGUCGUUGACUUAAAUAUAUAAUUUAGUUUAUAUAAACUUAUUAUAAUAUGUAUGUAUAUUAGCAGAUCAUAGAUUAUGUACAUAUGUAAUGCUAAAUAUUUAUUUCUAUACUAUUUUUUACGAAAACGAAAACAUGCUAAUGGAACACAAUGUUGAACGGAUGUGUGUGUACAUCGUAGAUUUUAAUUUAUUUAUUUAGUUAAAUUGCAAUUGGCACAUUUAAGUGAAAAUGUUUAGGUAUAUUUGUAUGCAGUAUGUAUGUUAAUAUAAACAACUUUUUAAAUAAAAAAUAUCGAAAAGAAAAUGCAGCUCUUCUUCGUAAGGCAAUUCAAUUAUUGGCGAAAAUAAACUAAUUCAAAUGAAUCAUAAAUUUUCAAAAACCCUAUAUAUGUACAUACAAAUACAUAUAUGACGAGUAAAGCCCUAUCAAGUGAUUCUCAAAAAUUUGUAGGUAUUCGCUCUAUCCUGCUUAAAGUGGAUAUAAUAGGGGUAUUCUCGAAGUAUUGCAAGCCUUGCACGGUUUGCAAAGCUGUCCCAUAGGAUAACCGGUUUUUACCAUUGCAAUCCGUGCACCGUGCAAGGGCUUUGCAAGACUUCGAGAAUACCCGUAAUAUAUAACCUGAUAACCAGGCAGGCCACCAGGCCUUGCUGACGUAAAAAUACUGUGCAAAAUGUCCUAAGUUUGUUCAUGUUAUUGACAAUUAUAUUUAAUUUCUCCAGAACAACAGUAGAUAACGGACUGAAACUUUAGACUCUUGUAGGUAAAUAUUUACACUCUCAUAUAAAAACAGCAACAAUUUAUUAUACAUUGAUAAUUGGUUGUACAAUAACCUUUAUAAACAAUUGUUUCUUAUUUCACGUAUUCACUCUUAAAAAUUAUGUAGCCUUAUACAAAAAAUUGUGUCCUAUCAUUAUUUCUGUGUCAGCAUAAACAUUAAACAUAAGUACUUUACAUUUAUACACUUUUCUAAAAAAAAAAUUCGUGACUGUGAAAUUUUCGAGAAUGACUUAACAUGGCUCUACUCUGAUAUAUAUACUACUACCACAUGUGUUUAUUAUCAACGUAUAUAUAUAUAUAUUAAAGUCUUUAAGAUAGUUCAGAUAUGAAUAACUUAUUUAGCAUUACUAUGGAAUAAAAUAUACAUAAAAAAAUGCAUACGUUUGAGGCUGCAGUUAAAAAAAAAACAUCGCAUUAAGUCUAACUUCUUAACAUAAAGAACUGAAAAAGAUGUCUAAGAUUAAGAAAUCACUUCAAUCAAAACUAAAACAAACAAACAUGCAUACAUACAUACAGACAUACAUACAUACAAUACAUAGUUAUAAUAGCAAACAAAUGACGAGAUUAUUGUAGAAUAUUUUUAUGGUAAAUGAUCAUAGAUGAUUUCAGAAAUCGGUAAAAAUUAAAUAUGUAAUUAAUUAAUAAUAAUAAUGUGGAAUGUAGAUAAACAAUAACAACAAUUACCAAUUGAAUGUGUCUAAAAACAUAUUUUUAUAUGCUAGCCUUUUGAUUAUGCCACACUGCAUUUGUAUUAAUUGAUUUCAUACAUACAUACAUACAUCAUAUCUUAAUACUCCCUACGCAAGUACGAUUUCUAAAUGAGAAGUUAUCUUCAAAAAAAAAGACCAAAUUUUUAUGCAUUUCUCUCUCUUUCUCUCUCUCUGGUUGACUUAUUUGUUUGUGAUUUAUGCAGGACUCAACUUUCAAAUAAAAUAAAAAAGUUUAAUUCUUUAAAAACAAAA